AUGGCCCCAGACGUGGCCAUUGGACAGGCCACGGGCCACAAGCCUCAGAUCAGUAUGAGGCAGGGCUGUAGCAAGAAGCUUCAGCCAAACAGUGAGGGCCACACAAAGUCCAGCAGACUUUGUGAGGAGGAGGAGGAUAAACCUCCACAGGAAGAGCCAGGGCAUCAGGGGUUGAAGCGGUCCCGGCAAAAAGCAGGCCUUUCCACCAAAGGCGGCAGACGUGCCAAACGUCAACACAGAGCUACGUUUGAGGAGUCGUACAUGGAGCAGCACUUCCUUGGAGAAGGUGGAUUUGGAAGUGUUUUUGCUGGGAUCCGCAUUGAGGAUCAAAUGCCUGUUGCCAUCAAGUAUAUCUCUAAAGACAGGGCAGAGGAGACGCUUGAGAUUCCUGGACAGGGUACUUUGCCUUUGGAGGUGGCUCUGAUGAGCAUGGUGAACGCAGCCCCUCACUGUUCAAAUAUCCUACGGCUGUUGGAGUGGUUUGAACAACCAAGUCAGUUCGUUUUGAUCUUGGAGCUGCUUGAACCCUGUCAGGAUCUCGCCGAAUUCUGCGAAGCGCAGGGUGGCUCCCUGGACGAGAAUGUGACUCGCGAGGUGAUGAAGCAGUUGUUGAGGGCUUUGCGUCACUGCGAGAAGCGCGGGGUUCUCCACCGUGACGUGAAGCCUGAAAACGUGCUCAUUCUGACGGACUCUCACACGGUCAAACUCAUCGACUUUGGCUGCGGAGACCUGCUUCAGGACUGCCCUUACGACUACUUUGCAGGAACCUUUCAAUAUGCACCACCUGAAUGGUUCCUGCAUAGUGAGUAUACGGCAGGCCCAGCCACUGUCUGGUCUGUGGGAGUGACCAUGUUCCGUCUAGUGUGUGGUUUUGCACCAUUCACCUCCAGUCGACAGAUCAUCCAGGGCCAUCUACCUUUCCCUCAAGGGCCAUCUGCAGAGUUCCAAGACCUGAUUCGCUGGUGCCUGAAAGAAAAUCCAGAGGAUCGUCCAACCCUGAAACAGAUAAGGCGCCACCGCUGGUUUCAGCGACGUGGUGUAAGUUUAAACAGUGUGAAAUCCAGCAGGAACUUAGGGAGUGAGGCUCAUGUGCGGAGACUGCAGAAAGAGCGUGAUGAGCUGGAGCAGAGGCUCACAGACCUGAGAAAAGCUUGGUCCUUCCUCAGUGACCUGACCAAGCUUCACAGGAGCUACCUCCAGCACUGCAACACUCACCCUGAUGAAGAGCCAGUGUAUGGUCCCUCCUGUAUGCCAGCACUGCUGCUGGAAGCCAGAGGCACGCUGGGAGCAGAGCAUCAGCCGAAGACUGUUCAUGAAAAACUGCAGCAAAUCUUAGACCAAGCUGACAACAAAUUACUGCAUGAAUAUUUCAACACUUCCGUGCCUAGAAUUCACCACACAAUGGAAUCCAACUGA